CAAACUCCUGCAAUCAGAGCAAUGAGGGGUAUAAAAGAAAGGACACUGCAAGACAUAACAACCAUCAAGCCUGCUCCAAAGCUCUAUCUCCCCUUAUUUAUGGGCACAAACAUAUACAGUUGGGUGUUGCAGUUCUAUUUUAAGAUCAGUUUAUAUAACAACACAUUUUCUUUCCCAGGAAUCUGGCACUACCACCUGCCGGCCCAAGAUCUCCCAGAGAAAGCGAGUGGAACCUCCGACCAACGAGGGGAAUAACACCAUCUCACUCGCUGAGAAAUACCCAGAGCCCGGGAGAUAUUUCAAAUUGGGGGAACAAAUCGGAGAGGACCCCAAUGGAGUGAUUUACAAUGGAUGGCACCGAAGCAGACGAAUGGAGGUGGCCAUUGUAAUCAUAGAAGAUCAAGAGAAGCAAAAAGGAAUCCAAUCAGAAGUUCAAGUCCUUGAAAUGGUGUCAGGCCAUGAAAACAUUGUGGAUUUCUAUGGGGCCUAUUACCAUCAGGCCCCACGGACACCAUCACUCCCGGAAGGACUAUGGAUUGCUACUGAGUUCAUCACUGGUGCCACUCUGCAAGAUCUCAUUGGCACCAGAAAGACCUUAGGAGAAAGGUGGAUCUCCUACAUCUGCAAACAAAUAACCACGGGCCUUUUCCACCUGCAAAAGAAGAACAUCAUCCACCAUGACAUCAAGCCCGAAAACAUCCUGAUCACCUCCUAUGGAGAGGUGAAGAUCGGCGAAUUUGGAUUUGCCACGUUUGGAGAAAAGAGCAGCAGUACUUCUGGGACUAUAACAUACUCGGCCCCAGAAGUACUGGCUAAUUUUACCAACAAGCACGAGUAUGACCAUAAGGCUGACAUCUGGUCACUCGGCAUUGCAGCCAUCGAAAUGGCGGAGGGACUCUCAUUCAGCAAACUUCCACGACAGAAGCUGAUUGAGAAGAUCACACGUGGUCCCGCGCCAACAUUAACACCAUGGGGAAAAUGGAGCGACGAGUUCCGUUUCUUCAUUUCCGAGUGCCUGCAGAGAGAACCAUCGAAAAGACCGUCUGCAAGGCAACUUCUGUCCCACCCCUUCAUUGGAGAGAUCAGGGGUGAAAGGGGUGUGCAGAAGAACAUCGCCCAACAGCUGCACAGAGGUAAGGGGACUGCUCAUUCUCAUUAUAGUUCCCACAAUGCAUUGACUAUAACCAUCUAUUGUUCAUACAAAUAUUCUCUUGCUUUCCUACAUACGAAUUAAUUCGAUACUAAAGCCGCCAAUAAUAAAGACUUGUAUUAGGGCAGAGGUCACUAAA